AUGGGGAAAACUCGGCGGAUAUUGUUCAUUGUACAAUGGCCUAUCGUACUCUAUCUAACAACUAUAUUUUCAUUUAUCAUCCGGGUGAGCGGGAAUUGUGUGCUGACGGACACGUGUCACACGGUGAGACAUGGCACAGAAUGGUUAGCGAUCCCUUGCUUUCAUCGAACACCAAUUACACCGACGCAAAUCGAUGAGAAAAGUCAACGGAAACUCGCGAAUUUAUGCCCCCAUCUGUUCUCAGCUAAUCACUCAACCAAUGUCUGCUGUUCACCCACUCAAAUCGAUGUCCUCAUCUCUCAAAUGUCGAUGGCCACCCAAAUCUUGAAACGAUGUGACUCAUGUGUUGACAAUUUUCUCAAGCUCUGGUGUGAUUUUACAUGUCAUCCCGAUCAACACAACUUUAUGCAGGUGACCAAAGCAAAUACAUCGGCUGAGACGAAGAAAGAAUAUGUUGAUACAGUCACCUACAAUUUGUCGACCACUUUUGGGAAUGGGCUUUUUGAUUCUUGCAAAAAUGUUCAAUUCAUGCAAAGUCGAGCCCUCGAUUUGAUGUGUGGUGGUGGUGGAGGAGAGUGUACACUGAAGAAAUGGCUUGGCUUUAUGGGAACACAAGAUCACUCGAAUCGAAUCCCCUUCAAUAUCAAUUUCAAUGUGAUAGAGAAUAGUACAAAUCUGCCGACAACACGCACAACUCCGUGCAAUAAAAGAGUGAGAGCUGGGAAAACGAGCUGCUCUUGCUCAGACUGUGAGCUAUCUUGUCCAACUCAACCAAUCGCAUUUGACUGGAUGACGUCAAAACCGAUACAAAAAUGCUUCGAGCGUCUACCACUCGAAUGCUAUCCAUUGGGUGUGGCGAUGUUGGGUGCAGCGAUGCUCAUUCUACUCAUCGCUUUCGUUUCGUGCAAAUCCUGGAUUUUUACUGAUGGGAAUUGCGAGGAUUGCAAGGCUGAUGCUGCACAAUGUUUCAUCUUUGAUCUCGGUGAGAUGUUCGAGGAUUUUCUCCAACGAUACGCGAUGAGCUAUGGAAGUUAUGCUGUUCGAAAACCCUGGCGAAUUCUUACCUACGGCUUUGUGGUGGCUCUACUUUUGACUGUACCUGUUUACAAGUUGUCUUUCUCGGAAGAACUUGUUGAUAUGUGGUCAGCUCCACAUAGUCGAGCUCGAAUCGAGAAGGAAUUCUUUGAUAAACAUUUCAGUCCAUUCAUGAGAACCGAGCAAGUCACAAUCUAUCCACAGAAAUUCCCGCAUGAUGUCAAAGCCGGUGACUCGUUCAACUCGGCAAAUGGCGAGACUUUUGGACCAGUUUUUCGAAGACCUUUUCUUGACUAUGCCUUCAAACUUAUCAAGGGGAUCUACGAGAUUCAAGUAGAAACUUGUCUGGAUGAUCGAAAGCUCAACCUUGAGGAUCUCUCUGAUUGCAAGAAGAAACACAAUGUAACACUUGAUGAGAUUUGUCUGAAACCAAUGGGAGCUCAAUCACCUUGCUUGGUCAUCAGUCCAACAUCGUACUUUCAGAACGAUCCAACAAAGCUGAAUCUUGAGAAGAAAGUUGAAGCACCAACGGAGGCAUCAAAAGUCGAUGAUUGGGAUUAUUAUGUGGAUGAGAGUGAGAAAAAAGCAACUCCAACAAUUUACACAUAUCUUGAUCAUCUACAGGAUUGUAUUCGAAAUCCGAUGAACCUCCGCACUCGUCUUGGUCUUUCUUGUCUUGGUGACUACGGUGGCACAAUUCAACCACAAUUCGUCUUCGGAAAUGAUGAUAAAUCUUUGAAUAGCAGCUUUGCCGUUGGAAUCAUGAUGACAUUUCCGAUUUCUAAUGCUCCCGGAGUGCAACGAAAGGCGAUGGCCUGGGAAAAGGCUUUUAUCGCUUUCAUGAAGAACAGUCAUCAUCAUUCGUACACGAUUUCUUUUAUGAGCGAAAGAUCGAUUCAAGAUGAAAUCGAAGCGGAGACAAAAUCGGAUGCGAUUCUGAUUCUUAUCGCUUAUGUGUUGAUGAUCGCGUACGCAUCGUUUUCUUUGGGACAGUAUCAUGUCACUGACAACAAUCUCCGAUCGAUCAUGAUUCAAUCUCGUGUCCUUGUUUCAUUACUUGGUGUGCUCAUCGCGGCGCUUUCCGUUUGCAGCUCAAUGGGAAUGUUUGGAAUGCUCGGAAUCAAGCCAACCCUUCUCCUGCUCUUAAUUGUCCCAUUUGUCGUGCUUGUCAUCGCUUUUAAUAACAUUUUCUUAAUCAUUCGAGCUUAUCAGAGAUCCCGGUUGUUACAAGAAACAUUGGAGGAUCGAGUGAGCGCUUUUUGUGGACAAUUGAUCCCAUCAAUUCUAUCAAGUACUGCAUCAACUGUCGCCUGUUUUGCAUUAGGUUCAAUGUCCGAUGUUCCAACAGUUUCCAUCUUCUCGAUGUGUUGUGCUCUGGCUUUAGUCUUCAACUUCUAUUUCCAAAUGACUUUCUUCUUAGUGCUAUUCAUUUGGGAUAUCAAGAGAUCUGAGCAAGGAAGACCCGAAUUCUCGUAUUGGGAAAGAUUGCAUCCAGAUCGAAUGGCGGCAAAAGGGUACAUGUUUCUUCUCUUCCGGAAAGCCUACGCCAGAACGCUUCUUUCAGCCUAUGUUCGGCCAGUUGUGCUGAUCGUCUUCACUUUCUGGAUCAUCACCUCAGUCUAUUUAACUCAAUUCCUCGACGUUGGAAUGGAUCAGCGAAUCCCUUUACCCGAGGGAUCCUAUGUGAUUCGACAAUUCAACUCAAUGGAUCGCUUUCACACCGUCGGCCCACCUGUUUAUUUUGUUGUUAAAGGAGAGAUCGAUUACACGAAUCCAAAAAUUCAACAAGCCUUUUGCACAACGGGCGGCUGUGACGAGAACUCGAUUGGGAACAUUUUGAGAGCGGCGAGCAACUAUCCGCAAAGCACAAUGAUCGCCAAGACCGGCAUGUUAAACUGGAUGGAUGAUUUUCUUGAUUGGCAAGAUCCUGUUGGAGAACCACCAUGUUGCAGAAGAAAACCAGAAACCGGACGUUUUUGCUCAGCUGCAUCUACCAAUUCGUCAGACUGUGUCGCUUGUGAAACGACUCCAUUUGGAUUCUAUGAGCGACUCGGAUACUUCACCAAAGACAUCCCCGGAGACAAGUGUCCGAAAGGUGGAGCUGCCGCACAUGGAGGCUCGAUUUUUCUAUCAGGGAAACGAGUGGACGCUUCACAUUUCAUGGCUUUCCACACUCGUCUUGCGAAUAGCUCCGAUUUUGUCAAGGCAGUAGCAGCAGCUCGGAAAAUGGCAGGAAUUCUUGAGGAGAAGCUCCGAGAAGUAACAAGGAAUUCACAAGUCGAGAUCUUCCCCUACAGUGUUUUCUAUGUUUUCUACGAUGUCUACCCGAAUAUCGUCUCUGAUGCAGCAACGAGGAUUUGCACAUCAAUUGCUGCUAUCAUGCUUGUCUCAUACAUCACUUUGGGCUUUGACUUCAUCACGGCAAUUUCAGUACUGCUGGCGAUUGUGGCGAGCACGGUAAACAUGCUUGGAGCAAUGUCACUUUUCGAGAUCGAGUUCAACCCAUUGUCUUUGGCCAACAUCUUUAUGUCGCUUGCAAUCUCCGUUGAAUUCUGUGCCCACAUUGCCCGUGCCUACAAGCAAAGUCAGCAAGAAAGUCGACAUGAUCGAAUCUCGGACGCGCUCGUCUACACUGGAAGCUCGAUUGUUUCGGGUCUCUUCUUGUGCAUGUUCGGCGGCACAAUUGUCCUUGCUUUCGCACACGCUCAAAUCUUCAAAAUCUAUUUCUUCCGAAUGUUUUCGACAAUGAUGGUGCUAGGAUUCUUGCAUGGACUUGUUCUUUUGCCUGUCAUUCUCUCAUACAUCGGCCCAAUUCGAGUUCAAAAGCCUCAACAAGAGACAUCAGAGAAGAAAAUCCGAUGGUCACUGCCGAUUCUGAAUCGAGUUUCAGAGCCAUUCUUGGAUUCAUCUUUGAAAGAAGAGGCACGAGUAAAAACACCGACAAAACUCAGUAAAAAAGAACAAGAGCAACUUCUGUCGUUGACUAAACCCAUCGUCGACGACUCAAAUUUGCACAUUGAAAACUCGGUCAGAAAUCAAACGGUU